UUCCAAGGACAACCCCACCGUAUUUAGGCCAAUCCCCUUCCCCUGCGACCUACGGUGAAAAAUGUUUUGGGUUCAAACCAGAAGCACGUGCGCUAUCCCCUAUAAAAUGCCAGCACACUCCCCCUUCCAGAUAGAAACAUUAACUUGCUCUAAGAUACGAAUCUGAACAAACUGUUUAAUAGCAAAAAUGACAAGAGCAAAGACGACAUCCAACACAAUGGGGACUCGCCGAGGCUGCGGCUGUGGAAACGGCUGUCUGGGACCUCUGACUUUUAACGCGGAAGCUAAGGGGCAACUAGUGAGCCUGAGCGACGGUGAUCGACGAGCAACUAGAGAAAUAAAGUCUUUCCGAGACGGGCGUUUCAGCAGUCGACCCGUGAGGAUACAGGAGAAGGUGUGUCUGCGCAUCGAGCGCGCUGUCGUGGGGUGGCAUGGCGCAUUGCGAAUCGGCUUCACCAGCGUUGCGCCCGGGUCCAGGACUCUGCCCUCUCUCGCGAUCCCCGACCUGACGGCCUCUGAAGGGUACUGGGCGAUACCAGUUCCAGAGCAUCAAUGUUUACCGGGUUCGGCUCUCAGGUUCUGGGUUUGUCGCAGUGGCUGUCUGCGCGUCCAGACAGGCGAUGGGGUAACGCAUAUGACGAGAACGGAGGUGAACACGCACAAGCCAAUCUGGGCGAUGAUCGACGUUUAUGGGCAGACCAAUGCUAUUCUCUUAAUCGGAUCAGAGAAGAAGGGCUUGUUCAGCACACGCAGAUCAUGCCCUGUCCUCACCAUCGAUGCCACAGAGGUGAGCUGUGGCUAUGACGUGUUGCCAACGGAGAUGAUGUCCCAGAAGUAUCCAGAGGAGCAGGCCCAAACGUUCCCCUUCUGCCACAACAACGGGGAGAACACAUGUAAUGAACGUCUGGAGGACUGCGUGGUGUGCUGUUCCGUGCCCGCGAGCAUACUCCUCGCAUGUGGCCACCGCUGUUUGUGCGCACAGUGUGCCUCCAGGGUCUUCAGAGAAUUUGGCACAUGUCCACUGUGUCGCCAGUGCCUAGGUCCUGUUUACACCUUAUGUAGGGCAGCCCUUUGAAAGUAAUGGACGAAGAGAUGAUGGGAAAACAUUGCAAACUCUCUCUC